AUGGAUCGACCGACCGUCACAGUGAGGGAAGGAACCCUGCAGGGCACGACUUUACAAAGCGUUCUAGGAGUAAAUUAUUUGGCUUUCAAGGGCAUACCCUAUGCUCAGCCACCGAUUGGUCCUCUUCGUUUUAAGGAACCUCAGCCGCCCUUGAAAUGGUCGGGGGUGCGCGAUGCUUCAGAGCACGGAGGCGACGUCGCGAUGCAAUACGAAUUCGACCCAUCGAAACCAGCGGGCGUCAUCGGAAGCGAGGAUUGCCUCUACUUGAACGUUUACUCGAGAUCUAUAGAUCACAAAAGACCCGUUAUGGUUUUCAUACACGGUGGAGGUUUCGUCGGAGGUUCGGGCAACGAAUGCAUCUAUCGACAGGAUUACCUCAUGUCCACGCCGAUCGUCCUGGUCUACGUCAACUACAGACUGGGUCCAUUUGGAUUCUUCAAACUUGGUGACAAGGAGGCACCUGGCAAUCAAGGGUUGAAAGAUGCGAUUCUCGCGUUGAAGUGGAUUCGGGAGAACAUCGGAGCUUUCGGCGGGGAUCCGGACAACGUGACUAUUUUUGGCAACAGUGCCGGGUCGCUGAUCUGCCACUUGUUUACCCUGGUACCGGCCACCAAAGGCCUAUUCCACAAAGCCAUUUUGCAGAGCGGCUCGAUUUUUUCCGCCAGAAAUCUGUUGAAAGAGCGGAACAUACUCAAUGGUUUCAGAAUAGCGUCGCUGCUUGGACUCGACAGCGACGAUCCCGUGAAGAUUUUGGAGUUUUUGCGGACUGUACCUGCGGAGAGAUUCGUGGAACUGGAGCAUCGGAUUCUGUCGAAACAAGAAAAAACUAUCUUCGGUCUCAGGCCUUACAUACCAGUGUACGACGGAGAGCACAGCGACGACCCCGUCAUACCUUUGCCGCUGUCGAAAUUACUGGAAAACGAUGCAGACAUUCCCAUCAUUGUGGGCCACACGUCUAACGAAAGUAUCGAAACAUUCGCAGGGCGUCUGAACGACGGGGAAUUUUACAAAUUCUACGACGAAAACAUCGAAGAGAUCGUGAAAAAUUACCUCCUCCUGCGCGAGCCGUCGAAAUUUUCCGAAAUAAUGAGCGCCGUGCGGCAGUUUUACUUGAAAAACAAAGCAAUUAGCCAGGAAAACGCGUGGAACCCGGUCAACCUGAUGACCGACAUCGCCAGGAUCAACCUAAAUCGAAAGAUGAUAGAUUUGCGCAACGAGCACGCCACGGCACCGACCUACGCUUACAAUUUCUCGUACCAAGGCAACGAGCCCACUUUCUACUCCUACGACAAGGACUCGCGACCCCUUCGAGGAGUCGCCCACGCAGACGAGUUGGCGUACAUGUUUUACAUACCGUACAUGAAGAAAGACAAGCCGUUCCCGCAGGAGGGCACGAAGGACAGACACGUCCUCGAGAGGUUGAUAAGGAUGUGGUACAAUUUCGCUCUGACAGGAGAUCCAACUUCGAUGAAAGACGAUCGUUACGUUACGACCACUUGGCCACCCUCGGAAAGGAACAAUCUGUUUUAUCUGGAUAUUGGGGAGGAACUUGUAUUGAAGAGUGACAAAGAAUCUCCAAGUAGAUCGAUUUACGAGAAAUACAGCGAUAUAUGUUUGUUUUGA